AUGGGCUUUGUAGAAUUGCUCAUCGAGAAUGUCUCGAUCAAGGCAGCCCUCGUCUUCCUGGGUGUCAGUUUUUCGCUGUGGUAUAUCUUCGACCAUGUUGGCGAAGAAAUUCGUCUGCGCCGACUACCUGGUGCCCGCGCUCGCCGCCUCCGCGGAAAGCUGCCUUUCGGUCUUGAUAUAGUCAAGGCACAGAUAGAUGCCACCAUGAACCACAAGAAUCUGGAGAUGUGGAGCAACAUGCUCAGUCCUGAACAAGAAUAUACCGUCGAGAAGACCAUCGUCGGCCGCCGCAUCGUUUUCACGGCAGCCCCAGAGAACAUCAAGGCUAUUCUUGCUUCCCAAUUCGGCGAUUAUGGCAAGGGAGAGCCGUUUCACAAGGAGUGGAAGGAGUUUCUGGGCGACAGCAUUUUCACCACGGAUGGGGAUAAGUGGCACGCCAGAAGACAGCUCAUCCGGCCCCAAUUCGUCAAAGAACGUAUUAGUGACCUGCACUGCUUCGAAUCCCAUCUCAAGACUUUCUUCGAGGCCAUGGCGAAUGGCGCGGCGUUGCACGGAGAGAAUCAGCAGGUGGACAUGGAGGCUGGAAAUGGCAAGGUCAUCGAGAUCAGCGACUUGUUCUUCCGGUAUACCCUCGACGUGGCCACCGACUUCCUGCUGGGCAAGGACGUACAAUCCCUCACCACGCCCCUCCAAGAAUUCGCACAUGCCUUCAACGAAGUUCAGAGAAUCCAAAACAUUCGUUCCCGCGCGGGACCACUGAACUGCUUCGUACCCCUGGGUUCCUUCCGUGCUGGUAUAAAGGUGAUCAAUGAAUUCUGCAAUACGUACAUCGACCGGGCGCUGCGCCUCAGUCCGGAAGAACUCUCCUCGAAGACGAAGUCCGACCAGGGCUACACAUUCCUUCACGAACUGGCCCUCUUUACCCGCGACCGCACCGUAAUCCGCGAUCAGCUCGUCGCCAUCCUGCUCGCCGGCCGCGACACCACCGCCGCGACCCUGUCCUGGACCAUCUACGAACUCAGCCGCCACCCCGAGUGCGUACGCCGUCUGCGCGCCGAAAUCAUAGACCAGGUGGGCCUAGACCGCACUCCGACCUACCAUGACCUCAAGAGCAUGAAGUACCUCCAAAACAUCAUGAACGAGACCCUCCGUCUCUACCCCUCCGUUCCCUUCAACGUGCGCCUCGCCCUAAAAGACUGCACGCUUCCCAAGGGCGGCGGCCCCGACGGCUCGCUCCCCGUGCCGAUCCUCAAAGACACGCCCAUCGCCUACUCGACGAUAGUAAUGCAGCGCCGUCCGGACCUUUACCCACCCGUCUCGGAUAAGUUCGCGCCCGUUGAAACGUUCAGCCCGGACCGCUGGUUCUACUGGCAGCCGAAGCCCUGGCAGUACGUACCAUUCAAUGGGGGGCCGCGCAUCUGCAUUGGGCAGCAAUUCGCGCUGACGGAGAUGGGUUACGUGCUUACCAGGAUGUUUCAACGGUUCGAGCGCGUUGACAGUUUUAUGCAUGAGGUUGACGGUGGGAACCCCACGCUCAAGGCGGAGAUUGUGAUUCAGCCCGGGGACGGGGUGAAGGUCGCUUUUUGGGAGGUGGGGAAGAGUUCAUGA